UAGUAAUAACAUAGAAGAAAACAUUUUAUCAUAAAUUGUACUUAUUAUUUUUUAUAAUCGUAUAAAUCCGUGACAUCUAAAAUAACUCUGAAUUAUUCAUAUAUACGUUUAAUUGACCUGAAUUUUAUAGUUUAAAUGCAUAAAAAUAAUAUUUUUGUUUUCUAGGUUAACCUUAAAAUAUUUUAAUUGUUUUCCCUUUUCCGAUGUCUAGCUAAUUAUUGUAAAUAAAUAUAAAUUAAAAUGCUUAGCAAAAGAUUUUCAACAAAAUACGUCAUAAAACAAUUCGGAAAAUUAAUUUCUCCUUUUUCAACUCAACUAAAAAUUGAUGACAUGUUAAAUACAAAUUUAAAUCUUGAUGAUGAUACUAUUGAAGAACUUUAUGAAGACACGAAGAAGAGUAAAAUUAUGGAAAUAUCGAAGGAUCAAAUUGUUCGGAAUUGUAUAAUAUUGCAUAAUUUUAAUGUAAGAUUAAAGAAGAACAAAUAUUUGCAAGAAUGCUUAGUACUCAACCCUAAAAUCUUGAAGAAUAGAAUUCUUGUGCUUAAAGAAGUGGGCGUAGAAUCUGUAGGUUUAUUUCAUAUUACACGGUAUGUCAAUUAUUUUUAGGUUUCCAGUGUUAAUGCAAAAAAGUGUAACUAAGUUCAAAAAGAUAAAUGGCAUUUCAUCUACACAAAGUAUUAUGAAAACUGUAUUUUCUAAUAUAGGCAUGAAAGUUCAUAUACCUGAGGAAAAAUUGAUGAAAAGCGAGAUUAAUAUGCGAAUUGGUGAAUAUUAUCAAUUGUGUAUGUUAUACCAUAAAACAUAUCAUGUGAAAUUGCAUGAUGAAUUGUUUUAUAAAAAGAAGAAAAUGAAAUAUUUAAGUCUUUCAGAAAUGUCUAAAAUGCUAGAUGUGCUGAGAAAUAAAUGUCUGUUUGAUGUAGAAUUCAUAAAACAACACGAAUACCUUUUAAAUGUGGAUGUUGACAACGUUGAACAAUUUUUAAAUGAAUUUAAAUACGUAAAAAUAAAUGAUAAAAAUAUAAUUGAAAUAAUAAGAAUGUAUCCCCGACUCCUGCUUCGUAAUGCAAAUGAAGUAAAAGAAUUAUUACAAAUUUUCCAAAACUUUAAAAUACCAACUGAAUCUUUAUAUACUGUAGUGAAAGCUUUGGAAAUGAAAAAAGACACGUUCUUAAAACGGUAUAUGUCUAUUGAAAAUAACUUAGAGUUAGCUAUAUGGUUGCAGCAUCCACGAAUCUUGCUUAUGAUUUAUUUAUACAAAGUGGUCAUAAAUCGUUUAACAUAUAUGAGACGUAUGAACUGUAUAUACAAUGCAAAUGUUCACAUAUAUACAUCAAGUAAUAAAUUCUUUUCGAGAUUUAUGGUAGGAGAUGUUUGUUUUACAGCAGCAGGAAAAGAUUUAACAUAUAUUUUGAGGAAAGAACUAGGGCAUGACAAGGUUCAUGUUAUGUCUUCUAUUCAAAAACAUCCUUAUUGGAAAUAUGUUCCACUGAUACGCAUCAAUCAAACGAUACAAUAUUUGAAGAAAAAAUUUUCAAUAGAUGAUAUAUGUAAAAAUAUUCACAUUAUACUUUAUCCAAUGUCGACAAUUGAUAAUACAUUAAAUUUGCUGUACAAAGAAUAUUCCUUACAAGGUAGACAUAAUUAUACUCCUACACAAUAUUUGGCAUUAUGCUUAUACAAGUUAGAACAAAAACAUCAUUUCACCGGGGACGGAGUGUGGCAAACCGAUAUGUCGGUUUUCGAACCAAAUUUUUUGGGGGAUACAUAUGAGACUCAUAAUCUUGUUGAUCUUAUAAAUGAUGAUUGCAAUGAAGUGAUCAAUUUAAAUGGAACAGCAUGGCUUGAACAUUUACUACAAUACUAAGUGUGUAUGAAAGAUAUAUAAAGGACUUCAUAAAGCAUAACAAUUAAAUAUUUUGGAAAUAUGUUAAUAGACAAAAUUAGAAACUAACUCUUUGGUUCAACAAUUUUAUAUGCGAUAGUAUCAUAAGGAUUUUACAAGAUUACUAAUGUUGUUUAAACAAUGUAGUAUAUAUUUUUUUAUCCAGAAUACAUUUUAAUUGAAUCAUAAUCCAUAUUCUAAAACAAACUGAUUUAAAGAUUUGUCUAAAAAUAUUUUAUUUUUGCCUAUUAACCUUUGCAGUUUAGUUAUACAUAUUUUCAAUUGUCAUGCUUUAUGUGAUUUAUGUAUGUGUAGGUUACAAUAAAUUUGUUAUUGAUGUAGCAAAAUUUUUGCUUAAAAAUAUAACUUUAUUUAAUUUGGUAUUGUCUGUUUUUGUCGAUGACCUUUUGCCAUCUUUCAGGUAGUAUCAUAAUUCCAUGUUCAUAAAACUUCUGAUUUUUGCCAACAAAAAGCUGAAUUAAAUGUGAUUUUACAUUAUCAGCGUUAUUAAAAAUUUUACCAUUUGAGGAGUUCUGCAUGGAACGAAAUAAAUGGUAAUUUGAGGGCGCAAGGUCAGGGUUAUAUGGUGGAUGUGAUAACACAACCUAACCUAGUUCCAAUAAUUUUUGGCAAGUGACCAAAAAUGUGUGGGGUUUUG